GCUGUGUGACGAUUGGUUCCUGGUGUCCUCAAUGAAACCAACACAAAGUUGUGCAGUGAGAGCUGACCGCCGGCAGGAUGAGGACCGUGCCCGCCCUGCUCGCCGCACUGACCGCGCUCACUGCCUACUACGUGUACUCCCCGCUGCCCAGCACCCUGGCCGAGCCCUGGAAGCUCAUGCUGCUCGAUGCCACCUUCAGAUUGGCGCAGGACCUGAGCAACUUUGCCCAUUAUGUGGGUCUCGGUCACCACUUGCGAGUCCUAAAUUUUGUGUCCGGCUACUUUGACAAGUUGGAUCCAGCAUCCUCUCCCCAUUUACAAGUCACAGACACUGUUUUUGAUGGCGUGGAGGUCAGAAUAUUUGAACCCAAGAAGGAGCUGCAUGGUUCAUUACAGCGGAGCGUCAUCUAUGUUCAUGGUGGAGGAUGGGCUCUUGGAAGUGCAAAAGCAAGAUCCUACGACAGCCUGUGCCGAAGAAUUGCCGAAGAUGUGAAUGCAGUUGUUGUUUCUAUUGAGUACAGGCUGGUACCAAAUGUUCAUUUUCCAGAGCAAAUAAAUGAUGUGUAUGCAGCCACCAAAUACUUUACGCAACCAGAGGUUCUCGCCAAGUAUUCCGUUGAUCCAGAAAGGAUUGCAAUUUCUGGAGACAGUGCUGGAGGAAACCUAGCAGCUGCGGUGUGUCAACAGUUUACAGAAGACAAGACGCUAGCAACCAAAUUGAAACUACAAGCUCUGAUUUAUCCCGUACUCCAGAUGUUAGAUUUCAACACACCCUCCUACCAGCAAAAUAUGAACAUGCCAAUAGUUUCUCGUUAUGUCAUGAUAAAGUUCUGGCUAGACUACUUAAAUGGGAGCCAUUCCUUUGCCCAUGCCAUAAUGGUUAAUAAUCACACGUCUUUAGACGUAAGUGAAGCAGUUGCGCUUCGACAGCUUUUGAAGUGGGAUGCAUUGUUGCCUUCGUCCUUCAAAAAGAACUACAAGCCUCUAAUCCAAAAUACAGGUAACCCCCAUAUUGUUCAGGAGGUACCUGCUUUAUUUGACACCCGGGCAUCUCCAUUGAUUGCACAGAAGGAGACCCUUCAGAAGCUUCCAAAGACCUAUAUCUUAACCUGUGAACAUGAUGUCUUGAGGGAUGAUGGAACCCUGUACGCAAAGCGACUGGAGGAGGCAGGUGUUGACGUCACUCAUGACCAUUAUGAAGAUGGCUUUCACGGCUGCAUGAUCUUUGCUACCUGGCCAACUUAUUUUACAGCCGGUGCCAGGACAAGAGAUGGCUUUGUCAAAUGGCUUAAAGAGAACCUUUAAUUAAACUUUUUAUCAGAAUUACUAAGACUACUAAGCCAGGUCAGAAAAAAAUCUAAGAUUUUAUAACGCUUUCCUUACAGUUCUGAAGUACUUUCCUCCUACAACUAAAAGGUAGAAUGCUUCUCUGUAUUUAAAGUACCAUAUUUACUUCAAUUUAUUACAGCAGAACUGGAAUUUUACUAUAAGCUUUAGUCAUCACUGUUUUACUAGUUUAGAGGUCAUUCACAUGUCCGCCGUGUUUUGCGGUUCCACAAAACACCGGGCCGGCACCCCAAUAGAAAUGCCUAUUCUUGUCCAUAGCUGCGGACAAGAAUAGGACAUGCAGAUGAAACGAAAAAUGCAGAUGCGAACAGCACACGGUGUCCUGUCCGCAUCUUUUCUGUCCCCAUUGAAAAUGAAUGGGUCCGCACCAAUUAUGCAGAACGGAUCCGGAUCCAAAGUGCGGACAUCUGAAUGGAGCCUAAUCUUGAUAAUAUCUUGAAAUCUUUUAUGUUGGCCUUAGGCCUCAUUCACAAUGGCAUGUGUUGAUUAUGCACUGCCCGUAUUGAGUAGUUGCGUGCUAUGGAGCCCCUGCUGUUCUAUGGAGGUGGUUACUGGUCUGGUCUUCCCACACAUACAAUGUAAUACACUGUGUGUUGUAUGGCAUGCCGUAGAAGCUCUGUUUCCUCAGCAUCUUGGAGGGAACAUUGUGCAUUAUACAGCAUGCCUAUAAAACUGAAAUAUGCACAGGUCCAUAUCCCAGAUUUGGUUUUGAAAACCAAAAUUCACACAAAAGUGUUAAUAAGUCCUUAAGGUGGUCAUGUCUGUAAGGCCUAGUUCACACAUUUCAAUGGUUCCGCAAAAAAAAACCUGAAUGUGUUCCGUAUGCAUUCCGUUUCCGUAUUUCCGUUCCGUUGAAAGAUAGAGCUUGUCCUAUAUUUGGCCGUAAA